CGUCACAUGUACUCCGAGCCUGUCAGGGCAGCAGUCAAACGUCUUGAAUGGGGGAACCAACCACAGAUAAUUGAGUAUAUAAAGCGUGUCUUCGUUGCUUUGUGGGAACUGUGGGAACUUAGGUUUAUUGGUCUCAGCGGCGCAACAACUGACAAUAUCAACGAACCAGGUACCUACGAACCAAGCGGUACUAGGCUACUAUUUAGUAGCGAUCGCGAGCAUCUAAACCAAACCUUUCGACGGCAAUUCCACUUCUUAGAAUAAUAGCAAGCGGCUGCAUCGCAAUAGCCCCCCCAACGAGGAUAUUCACAAAAUGCAUCACUCAAUCAUCCUCCUCCCGGCGCUGCUCGCCCUAUGCCAAGCCAUCCCGGCCUCUCUCGACCAAGAGCCGCAGAACAGUUUCUGCGCAGGCGACAAGUCGGUCGCGGGGUUCUGCACGGCGCUGACCUACACGGACAAGACGGACUCGGCGUCGCCCACGACGAGCAACUGCGAGGACACCUGCCGCGGCAUCCUCUCGGACGCCGGCGACUGGGGCGUCGACUUCGCGGGCCGCCCCGCCGGCUGGCGCGACAACAUGUACAUCGGCGCGUGCGAGUUCAGCGUCUCGCGCGAGAAGGACGGCGACGCGUCGGCCUUUGCGUUCUCGAUGAAGAAUCAGGAUAUACUGGAUCUCGUGGACGAGAGCAUCGACCGCUUUGCGGGGAAGCAUGGGAAUAAGGUCAAGGCGGAAGGCACGAUGAAUUGUCAGGGGCAUGUGGUGAGGUGGUAUGUUGGGUAGAUGGUUGAGAUGCUCGCUACACCUGGUAUCUUACCUAGCCUAGCGAGGACCUCGGGU